AUUAAAAAUAAAUUAAAUAUCAGUAAAUAUUUUUUAAUGGUCGGAAACGGGGGCCGGUGGGGGACACCGUUAUGUAAAUUUCGGCGAGAGUGGAAUUUGGUGUGAGUUGAAGUAGUAGAUCUAAGCACGUCUGACAAACAAAAGCGAUUUUUUUGGGGAUAAAAUGUCCGAACAAUGGACAGGUGUCAGGAGCUGUUACGACGAGGGAAAGCGCACGGCCGAGACGUUGACAAUGGAUUAUCACCGAGGCGCCAGUGUUGAGGUUAGGAUUGCUCGAAUUUUCAACACCUAUGGACCUCGAAUGUGCAUUGAUGAUGGGCGUGUCGUCAGCAACUUCGUUGCUCAGGCGCUAAGGAAGGAGCCAAUGACUGUAUAUGGUGAUGGGAAGCAGACAAGGAGUUUCCAGUAUGUUUCUGAUCUGGUGGAAGGUCUCAUUCGUUUGAUGGAAGGAGAGCAUGUUGGACCUUUUAACCUCGGAAAUCCUGGUGAAUUUACCAUGCUUGAGCUUGCUGAGGUGGUCCAGGAAGUUAUUGAUCCAAAUGCAAAGAUAGAGUUCAAACCCAACACCGAAGAUGAUCCCCACAAGAGGAAGCCUGAUAUCUCCAAAGCCAAAGAGCUUCUUGGUUGGGAACCCAAGAUUUCCCUCCGAAAGGGUCUCCCUCUAAUGGUUUCAGACUUCAGGCAACGCAUCUUUGGUGAUCACAAGGAAGGCAGCGGCAACAGCAAGACCACUGCAUCAUCAUCUUAAGCUGGUAUACAUUCAUCCAAAUUACGAAGGCGAAUUUGUUCCUUCAAUGAAGUUAUAUUACCUCCUCUCGCGUGGUCCCCUUGAAACGACAUUGUUAGACAAAGUAGCAGUAGCAGCAGCAGCAAAUGGGGGACCUUUCACCUUUGUUCCCUUUAGAAUUGAUUUGGAGGUUUCCUUUUGACAUAUGUUGUUAUCACCAUCUCUGUAAUUUCAAUGUUAUGCUAUUACCCGUUUUUAAAGCUUGAUAACCCCUGAGCUUUACCCAUUAAAAUUAACUGUAUUCUUUUGUUGCAGUAUUUUUUUUUUUUUUGAUGCAGUAAUCCUCCAUCCCUCUGCUCUGUAUCAUUCACCGCUCUGUAUCAUUCACCAGUGACCUCCUCAGUAAUGGUAUUAUUAUAAUAUUACAUAUAAUUGUAAAUUUAUAAUUAAAUAAAUUUGAUUUGUUAUU